AUGAAGCUCCCUGCCAAUGGCGACGAUGAAAACAAUCUCCCUCUCCUCAUCUCCCUCCUCUACUCUGUCUCACGCGCCGCCGUGACGCGGGACUUCGAUCGUCAGGACUUCAUCGGCGACGAUUCCCAAUUUCUCACCUCAAUGGUGGACGAUAAUGAUCAAGAGCUCGGAUCCAGCUCAGGAACCUUCUUCUCGCUCUAUGCCACCGCUGGAACCAUCGAUCGGCCCGCGCACUACAUUUUCCUAAUCAGAGACUUGUCUGAACUCUCACCACCUGAUACGCCUCCACUUACCCACUUGAAAAUGAUUCACACAAUUUGUAUGAGGUUGAAUUUCAUGUCCUGGUCGACAGAUUCUUGCUUUUUGCUAUCAUCUCCCCCAAAUCGUUGA